CGUUCUGCCUCAGAAAGACGCUAGUACUCCGGAGCGUCAGCAUCAGCCAUGACUGAACAAAGAAACGGUAUGCACACGCCUCCCGCGUUUGCCUUCAUCGAAGAAGCAACCCCGGGUACAAGCCGUGAAAGCGGUGAGGGUGCUUCAGGCACUUCCGACGAUUACACUACAUAUCUUCUGCUCUACCUGGAAGCACUGAGUCAAAGGCCAAUAUGUAUGCCUGAUCCUACGAUUUCUGACGGAUACAUCAAUGACGCGUGGGAGGCGUUGAACAGCCGGAACGAUGCCACUGACGUCAAAGAUGCCACUGACAUGGGAAGCACCAAUUACGCGCCUGCAAUAAACACCGCCAGGACCGAUCACGCCAGGCCCCGUACGAGCCACGCUGGCAUCCAGAAAUUAUCGUCAACUACGAAAGACAUCGCUAGGUGA